AUGACCAGAAACAGCCAGUCUUCAGCUGCCAGAAAUCUGAAAGAUGCCAAAUCAGAAGUUCUGCAAUGCCCAGAGAUCUUUCAUGUCGAUGACACGUUGGAAACAGUGGUACUCAAUGCAGAGAAGCUAGAGAUUGCAAGCAGAGCAAAAGAACUUUGUGAGCAACGCGGUCGUUUGGUGACGGUCAUUCUGGGCAAACUUGUUCAAUAUACUCGGGAAGCAAUCUCUAGGCGUCUUUUUGGGGGUCUUGUUCAAGAAAUACGCUUCUUUCCUGAAGAUAUGCUGGCCAUAGUCGUGUUCGCAUUGCCAACGGACGCCGAAGGUUUCAUACGGCACAUCAAAUUUGUGAAAGACAACGAUCCUAGUGCAUACCGUGCCCUGCAGAUCAAUGCUGAAUGGUACAAAGGGGUCGAGCUCCAGGCUAUGUGGCCAUCUCAGCCUUCCUUGGUGCAAUGGAUCCUCACGGGGGCCACCAGAUGCCUUCAGUUGUUCGGCAUAGACAUAGGGCAGAAGCCCGAUGAUUUCGCAGAGGCCGUUACAUGCGGUCUAGGAAUUCGACCUAUCAAAGUCGCGAUUAUCCAUCAGAAGAAGCGCCAAGUGAAGACAGCCCAACUAGGAAAUUCAGGGAUUAUUGAAUUCUCCUCUAUCAAAGACGCCGUGGAAUCCAGACAAAAAAUCCUCGAAAAGCGGGCGCCUGGUCUAAACAAUUGCCGAGUUGAAUUUCUUGGGGAUCCUGCAGAUAAUGCACCAGUACGCAGGGAAUAUUGUGCUUGCCAAACCUGCAACGAGCUCCAAGACACCUAG